AUGUUAACUCAAUCUUGUAAAUGUGAUUUGAAGGACUGUUCCUGUUGCAAAGAUUGCUUUAACUGUCUCAGCUACUUAUAUAGCGAAUGUUGCAGUUGUGUUGAUAUGUGUCCAAAGCCAAAUGACACACAAACUGAACUUUCUAAGUCAUCUUAUGUAGAAGAAUUGGCCGACAAUGUACCUGGACUCUUUACUGCGUUGACAAGUGACCCUGAUCCUCAGCAGAGAUGGCUUUCCAUCACAUAUCCAGUUGAUAUAGACCUCUCUGCAUUUAGGCCCACCCCUGAAAGGCAGCUUGUUUACCAUUUACAGAGCGUGGAACAAGAAUCUGAGCCGGUGAGCCGCGAUGUUGUUACUUUCAACUGCACCGUCGCCUACAUGUCGCAAUGCAUGUCUUGUGAUAAAUGCCGAGCGUCUUGUCGAUCCAUGGGCUCCAAUAGCUUUAGAUGGUUCCAUGACGGUUGCUGCGAAUGCGUCGGGGAUAAAUGCUUAUACUAUGGGAUUAAUGAGAGCAGAUGCCUCGCUUGUCCCGGCGGUAAAGAGACUCCGGAGGGCACCGCCAUAGAAGAUGACUUGUCCUACGACGAUCUUGACUAUGGCGAAGAAGUCGACGCGCAAUCCGUC